AUGGAUCUCCAUUAUCGUAGUUGGGAGCAUCAUUCCCCUCCGUUCCCCGCACCAAGCAGUCGAAUAGGUAGUUCUGAUCAACCUUCAAAUCCGCCUAUCAGUCAAAGGACCACCUGGAGCAGCUCUGAUAUGCCAAGACCAGGAUCUUUUAUGCAUCCAUUUGUUGUUGGCCACAGUUCUGGUGCAAGAGCAGGGAGUUCAGUUGCUCCCUCAUUGAUCCCUCCUUACCCUUGUAGCAAUGCUCGGGCCCGUGAUAGAGUACAGGCUCUCCAGGCAUACUAUCAACCACAACUUCCUAGCACUUCACCUGGCUUACGGACACCCAUUGUUUCCGGCUCCCGAAGAUCAAGCAGUCAUAGAAGUCAUGUUCAAGCAGGGUCAGCAGCCUCAUCAUCUGACCAGGUCGACAGGGAAACCAGUUGGGGCACAUUCCAUCAAUCCGCUGCCGUGCUCAGAUAUCGGUGUAAGAUCCAGCAGCUUUCGCCACAGGCACGGAUCUGAGAGGAUGCAAUGACAAGAUCAUUCAGAACUUAUCUUUCCUCAUUUUACGCCCUUACUGGGUGA